CUAAAUGAAUGUGGUGCCUUGGUUCCACUCGGAGACUCUGCGGAGGAUCUCAGAAACUAAGCGCCCCCUCACCGCCCCCGCCCAGAUCUGGCCAUAGUUUCUGGAGAUAAGUGGUGACAAGGAGCAUAACUGUUCCCUUCCCCCUGCCUUUGGGUUGGGAAGCUCAGGCUCCUCCGAUGAGCUCACUGAUUCCAUUGCCAUGAGCUAGUAAAUCUGUUGCUCUUAAUCCUGCCCAGAGUCCUGGGCGACCAACCUCCCACGUCCUGGGGGAGCAGGUCCCGAGCCAGGCACAGGCAGGCAGCGGCCCUUGACGGGAAAAGUAGUUCGCAUGUGUUUCCAGCAGGUUUCUCUGUUGUCUUCCUAUGAAGUUGUAAUCCCACAGAGGUUAGGAAGAGAACGGCGAGAGGCUUCCAAUGUCUCCUCAGUACAGGACAAGGAGUCGUAUGCUCUUGCGAUAGAGGGAAAAGAAUACACCAUUCACCUAGAAAAGAACAAAGAACUGCUGCCCAAAGAUUUCACAGUUUAUACCUACAAUAAGGAGGGAAAGUUGCAAUCUGAAUAUCCAGAUGUCCAGGAUCACUGCCACUAUCAGGGGUACGUGGAGGGCGCCCUGGACUCUGUGGUUGCAGUCAGCACUUGCUCGGGGCUCAGGGGUUUGGUGACAGUAGAGAACAUCACCUAUGGAAUUGAGCCCCUGGAUUCCUCUUCGGGCUCUAAACACAUUUUAUAUCGUCUGGAUAACGUGAAGAAAGAGCCCACGAUGUGUGGAGUAACGGCUGCUGACCACAGAACGGAGCACACGGAGGAGAAUCACCAUCCCAGUGUGACUCAGCUGCUGCGAAGAAAGAGAGCAGUCCUACAUCAAACAAGAUACGUGGAGCUGUUCAUAGUUGUGGACAAAGAAAAGUUUGAAGAUUUUGGGAAGAGUGAGACAGAAGUAAGGGAACACAUGGUGCAGCUGGCCAACUUCCUCGACAGCAUGUACAUCAUGCUGAACAUCCGCAUUGUGCUGGUUGGUCUAGAGAUUUGGAAGUAUGAAAACAUAAUUAGCACAGACGGAGGUGCUGGUGAUGUGCUGGCAAAUUUUGUACAGUGGCGGGAGAAGAAUCUUGUUUUGCGCCGGAGACAUGACAGCGCCCAGUUUGUCCUGAAGAAGGGGUUUGGUGGCACAGCUGGGAUGGCCUACGUUGGAACGGUGUGCUCCAAGAGCCACGCAGGAGGCAUUAAUGUGUUUGGAAGAAUCAGCAUACAGAUGUUUGCAUCAAUUAUGGCUCACGAGCUGGGACACAACCUGGGGAUGAACCACGACGAUGAACGCGUCUGUCACUGCGGAGCGAGCAGCUGCAUUAUGAGCUCUGGGGCAUCGGGGUCGAGGAACUUCAGCAGCUGCAGUGCAGAAGACUUUGAGAAGCUGACUCUCAACAAGGGGGGAAGCUGCUUGCUCAAUGUUCCCAGGCCUGAUGAAACCUACAGCGUCCCGUACUGUGGGAACAGGCUGGUGGACGCGGGGGAGGAGUGUGACUGCGGCUCCCCGAAGGAGUGUGAGCGGGAUCCCUGCUGUGAGCCGGGGACCUGCCGACUCCGGGCCGGCGCUGACUGUGCUUACGGCGACUGCUGUAAAAACUGCCAGCUCCUUCCUGCAGGAACCGAGUGUCGGGCGAGUAACAAUGAGUGUGACCUUCCAGAGUACUGCAACGGCACGUCCCAGUUUUGCCAGCCGGACUUCACCGUCCAGAACGGUCACCCCUGCCACGACGAGGAAGCCUACUGUUACAACGGCGUCUGCCAGUACUACGAUGCCCAGUGUCAGGAUAUCUUUGGCCCAAAAGCCAAAGCAGCCCCCAGCAGUUGCUUUACUGAAGUGAAUUCCAAGGGUGACCGAUUUGGCAACUGUGGUUUCCAUGGCCACGACUACAAGAAAUGCUCCAGCCGGAAUGCCAUGUGUGGGAAGCUGCAGUGUGAAAACGUGGAAACGCUGCCUGUUUUUGGCAUCAAGCCUGCUAUCAUUUGGACUCACAUCGGACGCACCAGGUGCUGGGGUGUUGAUUUCCAGCUGGGCUCUGAUGUCCCAGACCCAGGAAUGGUGAAUGAGGGCACCAAAUGUGAUACUGGAAAGAUCUGCCGGCACUUCCAGUGCGUGAGCGCCUCCGUCCUCAACUACGACUGCGACGUGCAGCGCCAGUGCCACGGGCAUGGGGUGUGCAACAACAACAGGAACUGCCACUGCGAUGCGGGCUGGGCCCCCCCUCACUGCGACACCAAGGGCUACGGGGGGAGCCUGGACAGCGGCCCGCCCUACAACGACAACUCGCUGAGAACUGGGCUACUGGUGUUUUUUUUCCUGGUCCUCCCGCUCCUUGUAGCUGCUGCUCUGGCAUUUGCAAAAAGAGACAGGCUGAAGCGAUGCUACAGAAGGUUAAUGUCACGCUGCCAUUCGUCGAUUCAGUCGCCACCUCCUAGAACAGAAGCUGAACCAAGAGACUGUCACCCCAGAGGAUUUUCCCAGGGCAUGCCCUACGCCCCCAGAGGUGUUCCCACGGAUGUGGAACCAAAUACCUUUCCUGUUCCAUCGUACCCAGUUAACCAGUAUCCUCAGCAGGCUUACCACCAGUCCUACUACCCGUCGCCGCAGUACCAGGCACCGCAGGCGCAGAAGCUGCCGACAAGGCCGCCGCCGCCGCAGCAGAAGCCUGUACCUCAGGGCCCUCCUCCGCCACAGCAGAAAUGUUUACCUCAGGGACACUAUUUUCCUUCUCGACCGGCACCUUUGCCUCCCAAAUAGCUUUUGGCGUCUUUGGGGCCUUCCCGUGAGCUGACGUGUUCACUGAGACAGAGCUGGAAUUGCAGUUUUCCUUCUUGCCUUGAGUGGCCCGUGGUAAUCCCGGAACGCUUCCUUCUGCAGCCUGGGAUAAGGCAAAUGCGAUAUUGGAACGAGGAAUGUAAAACUUUUAAACAAAAUACCUCUACCAAAGCUACAGGAGCUGGAAACACCUGACCCGUUCUUGGACCUGCUGUGGCCCUGUGGCCUGCGCCAGGGCUCUCCAGCUGGGCACGGAGCCGCCCGCGGGGAAACCACCGCUGAGGGGCAGCGCCUGGGAGGUGCCUUUGGUUCCCCGAUCCUCUGCUCAGCCCUGGUAAUGAAAUUGUCUGAGUCGUUGUCAUCUUUUUAAAUGUACAGUGAAGAACUGACUAACCCGGACCGUUUGCCAAACAAGGAAAUCUGGCCAAUUUAAAAUUAUUUGGCAUGAACUGGAAAACGUUCUGCAUUUACACAUUAAUGGCACAAGUGGAAUAAGGUGUCUGUACUUUUUCAGAGGAAGAUAAAUAUAUUGUAAACAUGUUUAUGCAUGUAUAUAUGUUUAUUGAUGUGUAAUAAUGCACUUAAAUUCUUACUUUCAUGCUGACUGACACUGAGCUGUGCUAUACCAACACUGAGUUUAAUGGUUUUAAGGUAGUUCUUGUGAGUUGCUAAAUGAAAAUCCUCUACUAAUUCCCACUAACACCAUGAAUGGGCAGUGAACAUAAAGGUACGAAGAGACGUGGCCAGAUUCUGGUUUUAAAAAAAAGGGUUGCUUUUAGAUUUUAAUUUGGAUCUGAAGACUGAGGAGCAGUCCCUGCAGAACGCUGGGAGGCCAGAACUGCUGCUCUGCCCGGGGCCAGCCCCUUUGGUGUCAGUCAGGAUGGGGGUGCCACCACCUCGCCUGCCCCCCGAGCCGGGUUUAACCUCUGUCCCAGGAGGAGUGCUCAGCCUCCGGCCUGCGGAGCCCGUGGUGACGCCCUCGUGCCCUGGGGCAGCUGGACGGGGCAGUCACAGAGAGGAAUCUGUUGCACAAACUUGCUAAAAGUGAAUAAGUUCUGAAAAGAGGGCCUGGCUUUUUUACUUUGCAGUAGCCACUGAGUACAAAGCCAGUCUGUAAAAUCCCCCUUAAUAAUGCAAAAAAUAUAUAUUUUCCUCUGUACAUACAUAUAUAAAUAUAUAUAUAUAUAUAUAGUGUUUGAAUUUGCAGUAAUGAAAUACUUGAACUCCUGUGA